AUGGCCGCUAUUAAAGACUACGAGACCGCACUGCAAUUUGCCAAGAGCCUUCCAAGACUGGAUGGUUUGUCUGUGCAGGAAUUGAUGGACUCCAAGAUCAGAGGUGGGUUGACUUAUAACGAUUUUUUGAUCUUACCAGGUUUAGUCGAUUUUGCGUCCUCUGAAGUUAGCCUACAGACUAAGCUGACCAGGAAUAUCACUUUAAACAUUCCAUUGGUUUCCUCUCCAAUGGACACUGUGACAGAAUCGGAAAUGGCCAUCUUUAUGGCUCUGUCGGGUGGUAUCGGUUUCAUUCACCAUAACUGUACGCCCGAGGACCAAGCUGACAUGGUCAGAAGGGUCAAGAACUAUGAAAAUGGGUUUAUUAACAACCCUAUUGUGAUUUCUCCAACAACCACCGUUGGUGAAGCUAAGAGCAUGAAGAAAAAGUAUGGAUUUGCAGGCUUCCCUGUCACGGAAGAUGGCAAGAGAAAUGCAAAGUUGGUGGGAGUCAUCACUUCUCGUGAUAUACAGUUCGUUGAGGACGACUCCUUACUCGUUCAGGAUGUCAUGACCAAGAACCCUGUUACCGGUGCACAAGGUAUCACGUUAUCGGAAGGCAACGAGAUUCUAAAGAAAAUCAAAAAGGGUAGGCUAUUGAUUGUUGAUGAAAAGGGUAAGUUAGUUUCUAUGCUUUCCAGAACUGAUUUAAUGAAGAAUCAAAACUACCCAUUAGCGUCCAAAUCUGCCAACACCAAGCAAUUGCUAUGUGGUGCUUCCAUUGGUACUAUGGACGCUGAUAAAGAAAGACUAAGAUUAUUGGUCAAAGCCGGCUUGGAUGUCGUCAUAUUGGAUUCAUCCCAAGGCAACUCUAUUUUCCAAUUGAACAUGCUCAAGUGGGUCAAAGAGAGUUUCGCAGGUCUGGAAGUCAUCGCUGGUAACGUUGUGACCAGGGAACAAGCUGCCAAUUUGAUUGCUGCCGGUGCGGAUGGUUUGAGAAUCGGUAUGGGAACUGGCUCUAUUUGUAUCACUCAAGAAGUUAUGGCUUGUGGUAGGCCACAAGGUACAGCGGUCUACAACGUGUGUGAAUUUGCUAACCAGUUCGGUGUUCCAUGUAUGGCUGAUGGUGGUGUUCAAAACAUCGGUCACAUUACCAAGGCGUUGGCUCUUGGAUCUUCUACUGUUAUGAUGGGUGGUAUGUUGGCUGGUACUACGGAAUCACCAGGUGAGUAUUUCUAUCAAGAUGGUAAAAGAUUGAAGGCGUACCGUGGUAUGGGUUCCAUUGACGCCAUGCAAAAGACUGGUACUAAAGGGAAUGCAUCUACGUCUCGUUACUUUUCAGAAUUUGACAGCGUUUUGGUUGCACAGGGUGUCUCCGGCGCUGUCGUUGACAAAGGAUCCAUUAAGAAAUUUAUUCCGUACUUGUACAAUGGAUUACAACAUUCUUGCCAAGACAUUGGCUGUAGGUCGUUAACUCUAUUAAAGAAGAAUGUCCAGAGCGGUAAAGUUAGAUUUGAAUUCAGAACGGCUUCUGCUCAACUAGAAGGUGGUGUUAAUAACUUACAUUCUUACGAAAAGCGUUUACAUAACUGA